AGCCAAUUUGGCUUUAGGCAGUUCGGCCGAGACGUCUUGCUCCAAGACCCCGCCUAUGUCGCAUUCCCUGCGCCGCACCACGCACGCUGCCAGCGAAGACGACGAACUCGAGGCGUACAGCCGGCUUUUCGGAACUCAGGGCACCUUCAGAUCCAGGGCUGGGCCGAAGAGGCCUCCCAGGCACCCAAAGGCCGCCAGGGCCGUGGCCGAGGCCCUGGAGCAGGGGAAUCUGAGGCUCGUGCUCAGCCGCACGGAGUCGCUGCUGGAGGCGCACGCGGGGGACGCGCUGCUGCUGGCCCUCAGGGCCGUGGCGCUCGAGCGGGCGGGGAGGCGGCAGGAGGCGCUGGCUGCCUGCCAGCUGGCCUGCGCCGCCGAGCCGACGGAGCUGGAGGUGCUCGGCCACCUGCGGACAGUGUACCAUCGAAGCGGCCUGUACCCGGAGGUGUCGCGCCUCUACGAGGUCGCGGCGGCUGCGGACGAGGGAUGCGAAGGCGCCUCCCUGGCCUUGUUUCUGGCGCGGGUGAGCGAGGGGGACACGGUGGGGCAGCAGGAGGUGGCCUUGCGGCUGCACUCCUGCUUCGGGCGCCCGCUCUACCUGUACUGGUCCAUCGCCGCCGUGCUGCUGCAGCCGCUGGGCAUUGGGCAACAUGCGUCCCUGGACCUGGCGCAGCGGCUGCUGCAGCGCCUGCCUGAGCUGAGCGGCUGCGACGGCGUGGCGGGCCGCUGGGAGGCCCACAGGCUGCUGCUGCUGCACUUGGCGACGCUGCGGCAGCAAGGCAGGCAGGCUGAGGCGGCAGCCCUGCUGGCCGAGCACAGGGCGGCCGUGCCGCUGCCCCGCGACGAGGACGGCCUCAGGGUGCGGCUACUGUCGGAGGCUGGCGAGCGCGGAGCGCUCGAGGCGGCGAGGUCGCGGUGGCUGCGUCGGGUGGGCCAUUGGCGCUCCGCCAGAGAGUACGUGUCCCUCGCGUUUCAGUGGGACGGCCUGCCCCUGUUGGCGCCGGCGCCGCUGGCUGCAGCCGGCGAUCCGGCGCCACGCGCGGGCGGUGGCUUUGCGUGGCUGGCGGGCCUGGCCGGGCGCCUUGGGCCGCCUAGCCCGCUCCUGGCCGCUGGGCGCGGCCCUGGCCUGCGUGACGCUCGCUGGCGGCAGUCCGCCUGUGGCGCACCCGCCGGCCCAGAGCCUGAGCCGCCCCGGCAAGGCGGCGGCGUCGCCGACGCGUACUCGCUAGCAGUGCACCUGCAGAGCAACCGCGACGCCGCGGCCACGCGCGUGCCUUUCCUGGCCGAGCUGGAGCUGCGGGCGCUAGCGCUGGCCUGUGGUGAGCGCGAGUGUUGGGAGCGGGCCGCGGCCAGGCGACCGCGUGCCGACCGCGCCGUUUGGCCAGUGCCCGCGCUGUCGGGGGACCUUGACGACCUAGCCGACGCCCUCGCUGGCUACUUCAGCCUCUUCGGCCACUCGGGCGGCUGCUACGCGGACCUGAAGCCGUACCUGUGCCUCUUGGACGCCCCGCGGGCAGAACGCCUGUUGGGGCGGCUGCACCAGCUGGAGCCCUUGGGCCGCUCUGCGACGACGGCGGCCGCCAGGGGCCUGGCAGCAGACGUGGCGGAGAGGGCUGCAGAGGGUGCGGUCGCGGUGAUUGGGGCCGCGGCCAGAGACGAGGAGACAGGAGGCGGGGCGGCCGAGCCCGAGGUGUGCAGGAGCGACGCUGGGUGGGUGGCCCUCUGCGAGCACGCGCAGAGGCAGGUGGUGCUGGCGCGCCUCCGGCGUGGCCUGUGCGCUGCGGAGGGCCUGGGCCUGGAGGGCAUGGCCAGGGAGGUGGACGGCCUGCUGCGUCUGUGGGGCGAGCUGCGGCCCAUGUCGGCGAACCACCCGACUUCCAGCGAGGGCUUCUGUACGAACGGGGUGUGGGAGGAACUGGAGCCCACCGUGGACCCAGACGAUCUGCUGCUGGCGGCGGCGGCGACGCUCCUGGACAUGGACCGCCUCUUCUGUACGCAGGUGUUCCCUGCGUUCUCUGGCGGCGAGGGCGCUCGAUUCCCGGCGGUGGCCGAACGGGUAUACUUGCUGGACGCCUUGGUGCUCCUUGAGCUGGGCGCGAAGGCCGUGCCGAACUGCGCGCGGGUCCGGCUGCUGCUGGCGGCGGUGUACGGCGCCGCUGGCGCUGGCGGCAUGCUGCGCAAGUGGCACGAGACCAUUGGCGCGGGCGCCAUCUCGGGGCACGGGGCGCUGCUGCACGCGUCGCUGGAGGGGCUGCUCGCGCUGGGGUCCUGGGAGGAGGUGCCCGAGGCAUGCCGGCGCCUGCGCCACCUCCACGCCACCUUCGAGCGCGCGGCGCGGCUGGAGCCGGCGGCGGCCUGCGAGGGCGGGGCGACUCACGGGCUGCUGCGCGGGCGCGAGGUGGCCGCCGCCUUGCGCGGCCUGUACUGCAGCCUGGCCCGCAGGCAGGCCGUGGUGGCCGAGGCGGUCCUCGAGGUCCACGCCGCGGGUGGCCUCGUCGCCGCCGCGGAGCGUCUGGAGCAGCGGGCGGCGGAGCUGCAGGACGUCGCCGGGAAGCCGUCCAGCUCCUGGGACUGCCCACCGGCGCAGCCUAGCGCGGCGCUGCGGCAGCUGUACGCGCUGCCCCGCUGCAGUCCGCUGCAGGCCGUGGCCAUGGGCGUCGUGGGCGCUGGGCACCUCGCUCUCGGCGCCCCGCCGCUGGCCCUGGAGCCGCUGCUGGAGCAGUGGGCUGCGGCCUUCCGCCCCGCGGUGACGGACGCCAUGGUGACGGCGGCUCCCUCGCUGUGGGCGUGCGCGUGGGCGGGCCAGCGGGCCCCCGGGCCGAAGGCCUCCCGAGAGGCGGGAUAUACCCGCAGGGCGCAGGGCAGCCUGGCGGCAGGGCCGUGCGGCGUCGAGGGCUACCCCGCGCCGCCCACAAGCCGGCCGAGUGCCCUCGAGGAGGUCGUCGACCCGCGGCGGGUGGACACCGCGAGCACUGUCAGGCUGAGGGCGCUGCUGCUCCUGGCCGUGCGCGCCAUGCUCAAGCCGGAGCCCUCUGCGGAGGAGAUCUCCCUCCUCCUCAGCGACGCACACUCCGAGACGGCGCCCGAAGAGGCGGCCCGUUCCGCAUGGGGCGAGGAAGCGCACUGGCCCCCGCCUUGGCGGCCUUCGCCCACCGCUGCGGACAGCGUGUUCUGGCGGUGCGCGCUCCUCGCCUGCGACGUGGCGCACAGGGCGCUCAGCGUGCCGGCCUUCCGCGGCGGCGCCGCGGAGAGCGACUACACGAGCGCCGCGGCUGGCGCCAGCGCAGUGCGAGACGCCGUCGGCCCUAGCGGAGCGCCCGCCGCUGCUCCUGCCGCGGCCGACUGGGCGAACCUCCGGCGCGGCCUCGCAGCGCUGCGCCUGCUGGUGGAGACCUGCGGCCUGGCGAUCCUGGGGCGCACGCGCCCGGCUGCCGAGGAAGCCCCAGGUCGAGCCUGCGGCUCCGCCUUCCGGUUCGGCGGCCAUGGCGCGAGGGCGUUGGCAUCGUUCUUGGCCGGCCCUGCGCUCGCGCUGCCUGCGGCGCUGCAGGCGGUGGCGCAGCGGCUUCCGCCGCCGAGGCGGAAGGCGAGAGGCCUCGACCUCGACCCUGCGGAAGCGUCGCGCGUGCUGCUCACGGAGCUGGUGGAGGACGCCUUGACCCUGGGACGGGAGCUGCUGGCCGAGUUGGGCGCGGCGUGCAGGGAGGGCUUCGACCACGUGGGGGCCCUUCCCGCAGCGGGGCGCGACCAGCCGGCCCCGCCACAGCUCGCGCUUCCGCGCCUAGAAUUCUGGCAGGCUUGUGGGCCUGGCGGGGAAAGGCCCAUAGGCAUCGAUGCCGACAAGCUGCGGCGAUCGGUUCUUGCAGGCCUCGUGGCCUCCCACAUCAGGCAGCUGUCCAGCCUGGAUCGCGCCUUGUGCGGGCAGAUGGAGCUGCUGCAGGGCCUGCUCGCCUCCCCGAUCAGGCAGUGACACCUCGCGUCGUCUCCUUCCCCGCCGUCCCCUCCCCUUGCUCCUCCCCUCCGUCUCAGUGUCCGUCUCCGUGGCUGCUCACCCCCACGGCUUCUCCCGGACGCCGUUGGCGAGUGGCUUGGCCUUGGUGGGGAUCCAAGAAGGGCCUCCACGAGGUGGUGAGUGGCUUGAGCGACGCCCAGUCAGAAA